AUGCCUCUGAUACGACCCAUUGCCCGUGACGCGCUCCGUCAUGCCAUCGUGGAGCUGACACACCAUCUGAGUGAAUCUCUCAGGACAGCCGAAUGUUUGCAUGAUUUUCCACAGUCCUUCGUGAUUCACCGCGUCGAAGGCUUUCCUCAGAUCCACGAAUGUAGAGUAGAGAUGGACGUGCAUCUCCUGACACUUCUCCUGCAGUUGGUGGGCGACGAAGAUCAUAUCGGUGGUUCCGCGACAACGGCGGAAGCCGCAGUGGAUUUCCGGCAGGAGACCCUGUUCCAGGUGGUUGUUCAGACGGUUGAGAAGAAUGUGAGCGAAGAUUUUCCCGGCGAGGUCCAGCAGGACGAUGCUUCAGUGGUUGUCGCAGAUUUGGAGGUUCAAUUUCCUGCGAGACUUCUCCUUGAUGCCACCUCUCCUGGAAGAGCGCCAUCAGAUGAUCCUUGA